AUGGUAAAAGUCAAACUGUCGCAUUUUAUUUUUUUCUACCUUUUAAAUUUUUUUGUGACCAGUGUAAUCAAUGGAAAGGGCGAAAAGAAGAAUAUUUUGAACAUGAAAAAAGAGAAUAAAGAUGAAUAUCUUAAGAACCUUGCUAGUUUUGCAGAUGUUGAAAAAAUUAAGAAAUUAAUAAGUGAAAACAAAUUGGAUGAAGCUACUAAAUUAUUUAAUGAAAUGAAAAAAGCUUUAUCUAGCGACCAAAAAGAGAAUAGUAAAAAAGAAGCGAUGAAUGAAAAAAAUACUGAAACGAACAAUUUCAAUUUAUUUAACAAUUUAAUUAAUCCAAAUGAUCUUCAAGAAAUGAUUAAAUUUUACAUGUACUUGCAAGAUAUUUUAAACUCAAAAAAUGAGACUGCAGAAAAAAAAAUGGUAAAGUCAUUUUUAAGAAAAACUAUUCAAAAAAUUAAAGAUAAUGAAAACAGUAAUGAAAAAAAAUCCAUUGAUGAUAUUAUUAAAGACACAGAAGGUCACCAAGAAAUGUUAGAAAAGUUGGCCGAAUUGAUGAAAAUAAAAAAAGAAAAAUUACAAGAUGAAGAAGUAAGAAAUAAAGUAAAUCAAAUAUUAAUUGGAAUGCUCAAAUUUAUUGAUUACACAAACAGUAGUGAUAUUGCAAAUGCUUUAAUGGAUGAAAUUAAAAUUAAAGAAGUUAAAGCAACAGAUGGUAACUCCAAAUCUAAAUUACAAGUAAAUUUUGGUGAUAGUAAAGCACAUUUAGAAAUGCUACAAAAAGCAACAAAAUUUAUGGGAAUGGAUAUUGAUCCAGAGGAGUUAAAAAAUCUGACCAUUAAUAAUAAAUGGUAUGAAAACUUUUUAAAUAAUCUCCUGAACAAUUCAGACGAACUAUAA